AUGAACCAACAACAUAACCAACAGAAUCAACAACAUAACCAACAGAAUCAACAACAUAACCAACAGAAUCAACAACAUAAUCAAUAUAACCAACAAAACCUACAACAACCCUCAGCUAGUUAUUUGAACAUGACGCAAGCUGAUAAUUUCCAGUAG